GCAGCUUUUGUUAUUUGGUUUUUAAGGAUCGAUACAAACACCAUCUUUUUCGUUCUCUAAGCUUUACUGUGAACCUGUAUGAAAGAGUGCUGUGAUAUUCAUCUUUGACUGGCAGUUACUACUACUCUUUAGCCCUUUAUUUGAGUUACGUUUCAUACAAUUUCAUAAACAUCGACGCAAAUCACUUGGUGAAAAUCACUCUGAUUUCGCUGUCCGCAAAGAACAUUUUUUAUUUCAUUUGACCGUUAACGUUUCUUAAUUGAGACCCUACACAUAACAUCUGUGUCACUUUCGCUUUUCGCACUAUACCACUACAUCUUAGCUUCCAUUUUAUGCAAGGUUCAUUCGACUGGCUACACAUCACGCCUAAGUCAAAAGCUUCGCACCUUUCUUAAUCCAUUUCUCUUAAUUUGCCGUCCUAUGCAAAACAACAUCUAUUGUUCAAAUGUUUCGGCAAAUUACGAGCUGGAAUCAUGGAAACUCGCUGUCCACGUUUAUCCAAUACGCAUCUACCAACUUGCUUAAACUUGAAGGUUACCUAAAUAACUUGGACAACUGAAUAUAACUACGUACUCAAGUUAAACAUUACGUAAUCAGCACUAAGUUUGGGUCUUAUUUGUAAUCAACAUAUCAUUGCGUCUUCCAAAAAUUUAAAGCAUUAAAAAGGCUAAUUUUGUAAUAAGUCGAGACCAUUACAGGAUAAAGAUGUCACAAUCAUAUUAUCGACCUUACCCAUGGAGAGAAGUUAAUCGGUAUAUUUUAUAACAUACUUCAUACUUUUUUGGACGUCGAAACGACCUUUUGCUAAAUAUUUACAUAUAACAACUUGCAAUGUUCGCCUCGUGGCAAUGACAGAAACCAUUGCGCAAGCACAGGAAUCCGAUUACUGGCAACUAAAUAUCUCUUAACUACGUAAUUUCGCACCCAUUGUCCCAACGAACCGUAGCAACGCAGCGCAUUUGGACCAAAUUAAAUCUGAAUUAAACUUCAUGGUUAACUGCAUGUGAGCUGAACUGGAAGCACUCGCCUCAGCCAUUGUUCAAACAGGGCCAGGGAAAGCAUAUGUCAGAAACUUUGACCAGGAUGUCAUCAUGGCGGGAGGUUCCUGUCCUCUUGGGUGAAACAAAAUCCUCGUCGAUGGAAGUUUAAGCUAUUUUUGUGAAAUUUUUUUCAUACAGCUAUGAAGGUAGUUCGUUUGUGGCUUUCAAAACUUCUUCGUAAGCCCAGGUUAAGUUUGAUUGUGAUAAUUUGCGCGUCGACUCUUCUGUUGUUAUUGGGAAUGUUUGGAGAGUGGAAUUACACGAAGAAGACAUCGUAUCGCAUUAUUUCACCAGCUGAAUAUCACCAGUCCUUUCAGAUGUUAACCAACAUAGAUAUUGAGACUCUGAAGACUCAUCAGAACUGUUCUCCAGAAACACACAUCCUCUUUCUGAAGACACACAAAACAGGAUCUUCUACAAUAUCAAACAUUUUUUUCCGUUAUGGAGAUUCUCGCGGUCUUCAAUUUAUUCUUGGUUCAGACACACUGGUUGGUUGGCCAAGUCCUUUCAGAAUUUCACACACCCUACAUCCUAAUGGAUUUCAGCCAAAUUUUCUAUGUAGUCACACAAGAUUUAGUAAGAAAACUAUGAAUUACUUAUUUCCAAAAGACAGGAGUAAGUACAUAACAAUCCUUCGACAUCCUGUGGACCAAUUUGAGUCUGUUUUCAAUUACAUGGGGUUUGGUGAGGUAUAUAAUUUAGGGAGUGAUGCGACAGAAUCUAUAAAAGGAUUUCUUAGGAAAGGAAUAGAGUUUAAAGACAUCUUUAGGGCAAGAUCAUCUGUUCUAGCAAGAAAUCCAAUGAUGUUUGAUUUAGGUUUGGACUACAAGUUUUACCAGAAUGCAUCAGCUGUGAAAGACUACAUUGCAUUUUUGGAAAAGGAGUUUGACUUAGUCAUGAUAACAGAGUAUUUUGAGGAAUCUGUGGUGCUGAUGAAGCGUUUGCUCUGCUGGUCAUUCAUUGAUAUUCUUCACAUUAAAACUAAUGAGAGAAUUGCCCAAGAAAGAGCAGAGUUCAGUGGAAACUUGAGAGAAAACAUAAAACGCUGGAACAAAGCAGAUAUGUUACUUUAUGAUCACUUCAAUAAAACAUUUUGGUAUAAAAUAGAAAUGGAAGGGAAAGAGUUUUAUGAAGAUCUUGCAACUUUUCGUCGACUGAAAGAGGUUUUACACAAAAACUGUUUUGGAGAAGCAACAGUUGUGGAGGUUUAUCCUGGCAAGUAUGCAAAGACAUUGUCUUUAAAUCCAAACGUAUCAGGAAUGAGCAGAGAGGUAUGCAAAAAACUUAUUGUAAAGGAAAACAGCUACCUAAGUUAUUUAAGACAGAAGCAGUUGUACAAAUCACCAGGCCCUAUUGACACUACAAUAAUUGAGGAUGACCAACCUAAUAUCAGCUGGAGUGUAUCAAAAGAUUUUCAGUAUGAUCCUCUACCAAUAUAAUCUAGUAUUGAGAGUAUAGUGCAUACUGUUAAGAUAGAGUUUAAAUUAGAUACGAGUUUGAAAUUACUGAUGCUAUAGACAUUCAUGUAUUAAAUACUAUCACACCUACAAAAGACAAAUUUGUAAAUGAG